AUGCCGUUCCACCCGGUGACGGCGGCGUUGAUGUACCGGGGCAUCUACACCGUGCCCAACCUGCUGUCGGAGCAGCGCCCCGUGGACAUCCCUGAGGACGAGCUCGAGGAGAUCCGAGAGGCCUUCAAAGUCUUCGACCGCGAUGGCAAUGGCUUCAUCUCCAAGCAGGAGCUGGGCACGGCCAUGCGCUCCCUGGGAUACAUGCCCAAUGAGGUGGAGCUGGAGGUUAUCAUCCAGCGGCUGGACAUGGACGGUGAUGGCCAAGUGGACUUCGAGGAGUUUGUGACCCUCCUGGGACCCAAGCUCUCCACCUCGGGGAUCCCAGAGAAAUUCCACGGCACUGACUUCGACACCGUCUUCUGGAAGUGUGACAUGCAAAAGCUGACCGUGGACGAGCUGAAGCGGCUGCUCUACGACACCUUCUGUGAGCACCUGUCCAUGAAGGACAUCGAGAACAUCAUCAUGACGGAGGAGGAGAGCCACCUAGGCACGGCGGAGGAGUGCCCCGUGGACGUGGAGACCUGCUCCAACCAGCAGAUCCGUCAGACGUGCGUGCGCAAAAGCCUGAUCUGCGCCUUCGCCAUCGCCUUCAUCAUCAGCGUCAUGCUCAUCGCAGCCAACCAGGUGCUGCGCAGCGGCAUGAAAUAG